CGUUCUGUAAUUAUUAGAAAUUUUAAAACGUAUUUUUAAAACGAAAUAAUGCUAGUCUUAGACGGAAAAAAGAAAUAAAAUAAAAUAUAAUAGAUGUAUAAUAUUGCUUUAGAAAAAAAAUGAGCGAGCAGAUGGUGUGCAGAUAUGAAUUAAUUCUAUAACAGAUAGAUUUAAGAAUAGCAUAAAAAUUGGAAGAAACAAUUAUUGUGUCGAAAAUAGUACAAAAGUCGUGAAAAACGAAUAAGAUUUCCGCUUUAUAUUUUGGCUUUAGAAUAAGACAUAAGGGCAUAGAGUCGCCAUUUUGCUAACGUGCUGGUUUGUCCAAAUCUUUGCGAUCGCGCACGAUUUAUACUUUAUUACAACGAUUCAUUAUUUUAUUAUUAUUUGUUACGCUUGUUUUUCGUUUAAUAUGAAUUUUUUGGUCUUUCUCGAAUGUAGAAAUUUGUGAUUCACGUUCAUGCGAAAUCUGACUAAUUUUUUGGCGUUUUGGGCCCAAUCUGCGCCGCCAAUGAGGUGAAGCGCCUCUCGCGACGCACCUUUCAUCUUGGGACCACUUGGGACUUGGGACCCGCUAGAAGCUAGAAGUCCCGGUUGAUCGACUUGGAGAGGGGUUCCGAUCGUGGAAACGAGAGAGGGGGGGAUGAUCCACCGCGUUGGGCAGCGUUGGGGCCCCAACAGAGCAUGGAAUGGAAGGAUCAUGCCCACUCCUCUUUCCCAGCUUCGGGGAGCAGAGCGGCUCUGAGCGGGGAGGAGGCUACUCGCAGAAGGUCGGCGUUUAUCGACCAGGUGCGGACGCCAUCGACUUGGGCUACCACACCCUCGACAACAAUGCUUGUCGCACCACGUCGUCGUCGUCCUCGUCUACCCCGGGCGUGUCCAGCACGCCGAUUCGCCAGCAGCAACAGCAGCAACAGCUACCGCAGCCGAAGCACCAUCUGGUUUACCACGUCGCGGUCAAUGACCUCUGUCAACUCGAUGACAAUUUGUUGCUGAGGAUUUUCAGCUGGCUCGACACCCGCGACCGCUGCUCCUUGGCGCAGACCUGCCGACGCCUCUGGGAGAUCGCGUGGCACCCGGCGCUUUGGCGAGAGGUCGAGGUGCGUUAUCCACAGAACGCCACAGCGGCGUUAUAUGCCUUGACGCGCCGUGGCUGCCACACGUGCGUCCGUCGUCUGGUCUUGGAAGGUGCCACCGGAUUGCCCGGCAUUUUCGCCCAGCUGCCGUACCUUAAUCUGACUUCCCUGGUGUUGCGACACUCGCGUCGAGUCACCGACGCCAACGUCACCACCGUGCUGGACAGCUGCGCUCAUCUCAGAGAACUCGACCUGACCGGUUGUCCUAAUGUCACUCGCGCCUGCGGUCGUACCACUAUUUUACAGCUGCAGUCGCUCGAUCUCAGCGACUGUCACGGCGUCGAGGAUUCCGGCCUGGUGCUGAGCCUGUCGCGCAUGCCGCACCUGGGAUGCCUUUACCUACGUAGAUGUGGCCGCAUUACCGAUGCCAGCCUGGUCGCCAUCGCCUCCUACUGCGCCAGCCUGCGUCAGCUAUCGGUCUCGGAUUGCGUGAAAGUUACGGACUUCGGGGUGCGCGAGGUGGCGGCGCGUCUCGGUCCGUCCCUCCGCUACUUCUCCGUAGGCAAAUGCGACCGCGUGUCCGACGCCGGUCUGCUGGUCGUCGCCCGUCAUUGCUACAAGCUGCGCUACCUGAACGCCCGCGGUUGCGAGGCGCUCAGCGACAGCGCGACCAUCGCCUUGGCGCGCGGUUGCCCGCGUAUGCGCGCCCUGGACAUAGGCAAGUGCGACAUCGGCGACGCGACCCUCGAGGCACUCUCCACCGGAUGCCCGAACCUGAAGAAGCUGUCCCUGUGCGGAUGCGAGAGGAUCACCGACGCCGGCCUCGAAGCGUUGGCCUACUACGUGCGUGGCCUGCGGCAGCUCAACAUCGGCGAGUGCCCUAGAGUCACGUGGGUCGGCUAUCGCGCGGUCAAACGCUACUGCCGACGUUGCGUCAUAGAACACACUAACCCUGGAUUCUCCAGCUGAUGUCAACCCAGUCAACAACGUCGCUCGUAUCGAGGGGAUCUCGAGUAGCGAUGUAAAUAUUCUCGGAAAAAAUACUCCGGGUAGGAGAAUAUCCCGAGUGAAUUCUCUGGAAAAGGGCCUUUGAGGUAUAUCCUGAGAAUAUUAAAAUAACAGUAUCUAUACAUUGAUAUAUAUCGCGAGAAUAUUUAUAAGAGUAUAUUCUCUCUAGUAUGACUUAAAGUACGCGUCUAGACAAUAUUCUCAGGAUAUUUGAUUAUCUCGUAUCACUAAUCUCAAGUGCCAGAGUGUAAUAUAGCGGAAGUUCUUAGAGAAAUUGUAAACCCAAUUUUUUUUAUCAGAGUUUAUGCGACGAUAAAUGUUACCCUUUUUGAUAUGACGUCCACGCGAAAUCGACGUUAGGAUGAGUUGUCAAUUUUUAAGAUCCAUGACUUGUAUCGCCUGCAAUCUAUUUAUUAACAAGCAUUAUUUCAUCGCUCGCAUAUUUGUAAAAAGAUUGUUUCACGAUUGGUUGUAAAAAUAUAUACAUAUAUCCUGCUUCAAAAGUCGUGCGUGCUAUAUUUAUUGUUUUCAUAAUUUAAUGCACUACGUAAUGAUAAUGAAUCGUUUGUAAUCCGUAACAACGUUUUGUAAUUUAUUGUAACGACGAUACGAUAUUAAAUACUUUCAUUUCUUGACACCGCUGGAAUUAAUAUGUAGAUUAAUUACAUGGCAUUUAUGCGGUGUGUAUAAAAUUGCGUAGAAAUGUGCAAUAAAUCAGUCCCAGUUAAA